AUGACUCUAGACAAACGCGCUGAACAUGCACCCUUUACCCCGACCCCCUCGAAAUCUCCUCCCCUAGCCAUGUCGAAUCGAAGUCCCUGGCUUAUGGACGAAGCCAAGCGAAAUAGAGUGCUCAAGAGGUACAAAACCCAGGUGGCCUCGGCGACUUCGACAGUUUGUGCCACCCUCGCCGUGACUCCAUUGGAAAACGUCAAAACUCGUAUGCAGACACAUAAUUUCAAGAAUGUCUUCCAAUGCGUCCGCUACCUGUGGCGUACCGAAGGACCCCGCGGUUACGUUGCUGGAGCCCUGCCACCUCUAGCAAGCGUUACGGCGGUCCGAGUGGUUAAUUUUACAACGUACAACGCGGCCAAGCAUCGAAUCUCCGAUUUCAUUGAGAGAAUGACCGGGGAUUCGCCACUGGCGAUGUAUAAUCAGCCAGGCAGUAGCCCCACUGUGUCGACGCUGUUCACCUUCACCGCUGCCGGCCUCGUUGCUGGCCUUAUAACCUCACCCCUAGCCUGCCCCUUUGAGCUCGCCAAAAAUGUGGUCCAGACCUCGGUCUUGGUUUCGAACCGUGCACAGGCCGCCCCUAACGCAGUCAAUGAUCCUUCUCUUCGCAGGAAACCACGCCUGGGAACGGUAGAGGCCAUCAAACAGAUCAUCCAGCGGUAUGGGAUCCGCGGGUUGUACACGGGGUUUCAUCUUCACGCUAUGCGGGACACGCUCGGCUCUGGUCUCUAUUUCACCGUCUAUGAAACCGUCAAACAACUUGCAGCGAAGGAGCUGGGCCCUGACAAGUCUCCGUUCGGGGCGCCCAUGAUUGCGGGUGCAAUAUGCAGCACCGUCCCUUGGUUCUGCACCUAUCCACUUGACACGCGGAAAACCCGUGCACAGAGUGUUCUGCUCGGAAAAUCAAAGGAGGUGGGCGAGGCAACGGCCGCCGUAGCCAAAUCGAGCAUGUACAAGGGACUUUCGAUUAUAUUGAUACGGACGGGGGUCAAUAAUAUGAUCCUCCUGAGUAUCUUUGAGUAUAUCAAGAUGAGGAUAAACGAGCUGGACUAG